AUUAAUGGCGGACGAACAGCAGUGAUAGGGAGCUAUGUUUUAGCGAUUUUUUAGGAAUCUGUUUUCUUAUUCAUUAAAAAUGUUAUUAUUUCAAGUUUAAAUCAACCUCUACUCGGAUUUAAGUGGUGUAUAUUUUGAAACUAUGAAUACUUCGUGCCAGUGCCAUAGUAACAACCAUCAAACUUGCCCGUUUAUUUCCUUUGUGAUCUAGAUACCUCUUUUCCUAAAUGUUGGUGAAUAAUUUCUGUAUCUUAACUCGUGAUGUGUGGCAUAGUUUAAUUACAAAGAACUGGCUAUAGUUCUGUCUUAUUGUCGGCAUUAUUUUACUAACGUCCUAAGUGUAACCUCAAUAAAGCGGAAGUGGCCGUGCCGAAGACUCCGGUUUUAUUCCAUAUCUGCCCAAUAUCCUUCGCUGAGUCUGAUCAUAUCUUGUAUCGCAUGUGCUAGUGUAUAAUGAAAUAAUGGUUGAGAUAGGAGUUCCUCAGCAAGCAGCUGAUGAAAGUUUGGAAAACGCUGAAUGGUACUGGGGCGAUAUCACUCGAGAUGAGGCUAAUGAGAAACUACGGGACACAUGCGAUGGCACAUUUCUAGUCCGCAAUGCAUCAAACAAAGAUAGUGGUUACACCCUUACAGUGAGGAAAGGAGGUACAAACAAGCUGAUUAAAAUAUACAAUCAAGAUAACCGAUAUGGAUUCUGUGAGCCCUUUGAGUUCAAGUCUGUUGUGGAACUUGUCCGGUUCUACACAGAGUACUCCCUGGCACAUUGUAAUAGCAGUUUGGACAUCAAACUUAUGUAUCCCUUAUCGAGACUCCAAGAAAAUGAUGGUGGUGAAAACAUAAAUGAUGAGAACCUUGAAACCCGAUACAAAGAGAUACAUAAGGAAUUUGUUCUUAAAACUAGGGAUUAUGAUGAGCGUUCAGAUAAAUACAUGAGGCUAAGAGAAGAAGUGAAGUUUAAAAGACAGGCACUUGAUGCUUUCAAAGAAACAGUGAAGGUUUGUGAGGAUCAUCUCAAAUUACAGGAGAAGAUGCAAUCUGAAGCUCAACCACAUGAGAAAACUGAUAUUGUGGAAAAUAAUAGACAGUUAAUAUCAAAAGUGAAUAGCUUGAAACAGGCCAGGGCACAACUACAUAAUAUUUUGAGGGAGACAGUGGAGUCGAAUCUAUCUUUAGAAAGAGAAAUUACCAAGCUCAAAUCUGAAAUUAUCAAUCUAUACAAGAUAAAAGAUAGAUACAAAGUAUGGUUACAGAGGCGAGGAAAGACUGAUGAGUAUCUGCAGGCCUUAGAGGAUGAUAACAUUCACAAACUAGAAGAACAAUACGCUCAUCGGGAAUCUAUCAGUUGGUGGGUUGAAAACUGCACGCGCGACAUGGCGGAAAGACUUCUAGAUGGGAAACCAACAGGCACUUUCUUGAUACGACCUAAUUCUACAGGUCAUUUAGCACUAUCCAUAUGUUGUAACAACAUGGUGUAUCACUGCAUAAUAUUCAAGACUGAAAGGGGAUAUGGAUUUGCUGAACCCUACAAUGUUUACAAGUAUUUCUACUUUAAUUUCAGAACUUUGAACGAGCUUGUAUUGCAUUAUGCCGUAAACUCUUUAGAAGAACAUAAUGAGCAACUGAGAACUCAUCUGAAGUACCCAAUCAAUGCACAUUUGGUGAAGAAACCGGAGAAGAAACAGGACUUACACCCGCAUGAGACUCCAGCUCUGACGCCGCAAACUUUAGAAACACCACAACAGGCCCUGUAUCAGAGAAAGCCUCGUAAGCAGCGGCAGUAACUCCAUGAGAGCAGGUGACAAGUGCAGAAUGUUUUCUAGUCUUCUAUUUAUCCAAUAGAUUGACUAGUUCACUGAUGACUUUUUGUAUGGUUCAAAUCACAGUAAACCUAUUGUGCUGCUGACAAUGUACAUUGCAAAUAGAGUUCAAAACUGUACAAUUUCGUCAAAUGAGCUUGUAGCAUGUUUGAUCUUAUGAUUGUAACUGACCUCGACACUGUCUACUUUUAGACUGUCCAAUUUUUCUCAAAAAUCUAGGUAUGAACUAAAUGCUUUAUGUGUGAAAAAGAUGAUGUGUGUAUGGCAUGAAGUUGGAUGUGUAACAAUAAAUACUUGCUAUGUAAGUGUUUACUGUCAUCAUUAAUGUGAUACUGUAAUAUAUUAUUUCUGAUGUUAAAAUCUGAAGUCGUUUUCCUGGAGUAGAGAUGAUGUCCAAUGUGACAACGAAAGUAGAAUUUAAAAUGCGUCCAUUUUUUAUUGGCGAGGGCAGAUACCGUGGUUGGUCGUACUUCGGGAACAGGUUUGAAAAUGUGUGUUAGUGUCUCGAGAACGAGAAGUAAUUCGUAGUUUUGGUACCUAUAUGCAUGCUAAAGUGUUGGUUUAGUAAGUUUCAGGUAUAUUUAACCUGGCCUGAAUUUGAACAAGAUGUCUUUAAAUCGAGGUUUGAAAUUCGUCGACUUCAAUUCGUUACGGUAUACCUAAGUUUUAUGGAUAUGCUACGUAGAUUUCUUGUGUAAAAUAUUCCAGAAUCGUGAGUAUUUGAAACUUAUAUAACGUACGAUUUUGUAAGAAUUCGUACAACACUGAGUUCUACAUAAAUUACCUAUUGAAUUGAGGAUGGAACAAAUAAUUCAGUAUUUUUCAUUAUUGCUAUAGAUUUUGAUUGUGUUACCAACCGUAAAAACAGUACUUAGAACAGAGCAAUAUAAUUUAAAAUAUUAUUUGUCAAGUUUACUAUGUUUCAAAUACUACAAUAGUUUUGUAAUUUCUCGUAUCAUGACAGGCUUCAUAACACUGUACAAUAAUGUACAUGAAAUGUACCUAUCAACAAAGAAAACUUACUUAUUUUUUCUAUUUUCCUUGGCAUGGAAUAUUUUCCAUGGGCUUUCGCGGUUGUAUGAUUAACUAUGAAGAAUCGCGGUGUUUAAAACAAAUAUACCACAACACUACUACUCGAGCACCAUGCAAUAAAACUCAGAAAAUACACGUAAAGAUUUUGUUCUUACUAAUUUCUUGAAAAUAAAAUCCCAAUAAUUUACCUAAUAUGUCCAAAAAACAUAAUAUGUGUGUACUAAAGCCCUUUUUGACUAAUGUCGCAGUAUGGAGCGGAGUAUUGGUGUUGAUUUGAAAAUUGAUUCAAGUUCAGACUCUUAACGGACUUCCAUUCCAUAACGACAUCGUAAUGAGUCCGCAUUCAUUGUUAUCACCAGAUUCGUUAUUGCAACCAAUCAUAUCCCGUGAAACUUCUUUACCUUCCUGUUUUAUUGGUUGAUAAACAUACUACCAAAUAAUAAAUUAAUUAAAUAUUUAUUCUUACCAAUUACUACAUGGAAAUAGAUAACUGCAAGUACCUAAUAGGCUACUUGACAACCUAGUCAAAUGAAAUACUUUUUACGAAAUGUGAAAACGAGAGUUUUCUUUGGAAUUUAUAUGGAAAUACUGUCCUAUGACUCAUAAUUCAAUUAUUUGCAAUAAAAAUGGUACAGUUUGCAGUUGGUCAGCAUUUAAAAUUUGGACUACUUUUGGAGAUUCUUUAAAUUUAAAUAUGACAAAUCAAUAAAAGCGGUCAAACGUCGUACUCAUUGUUACUUAAUUAAUAAAUAAAAUUCGAAAAUAAGUCGAAAAGUAAAAUGAGAUUGAUUUUUGAUCGUCUUAGACUGGCUUCUAUUUCUAAAUUAGUGUUUUAUAAUUUACCUUUGACCCAGUCAAAUACCCUAUUAGUGAACUGCAACUAUAUUGGACAAUUACAAGGAAAGUUAGGUUCUACCUAAAGGUGGCGAGUGGAUGAUAUCGGAACAAAAAUGAAUGCAGACUUAAUACAUUAUUAAGUUGGUUUAAGGAUAUAAAUUAAACUAUGUGAUAGUAAUUAUUAAAAUUCGUGUUUGAGUUAACAUUGUAAUUAUUUCUUUGUUAUAACUUUGUCUAUCGUGUUCUUGUUUUAAAAUUUUGUUGUUUACUUAGAAACAUUCAGGAGAAAGUAUUAUGGCGACACCUGAAUCUAUUUUGCUAUACACACCACACUAAAACAUAGUUUCGGUGCACAUUUUGAAUGUUAAGAAAGUAUUAACAUUAUUUUUUUAUCCAUGCUUGUGUUUGUGGUGUUUACAGCAAAAAGUUAAGGAGUUUUGGUAUAUUUAAAACAAAAGGCACCUUAUAAUAACACGUGCUAAAACAAAGUAUGUCAUAAAGUGCUACCUAAUAAAAAAAAAAAGAAAAGCAAUGGAUGUUUAGUGUUCACUAGAGGUAACUGCUUUGUACUAGUUAUGACGAUUCGUACUUCCAAUAUUUGAAUUACGCUUCGAAGUAUAAUUUUUGGACUUUUACAAUUCUACUUUUAGAAGGUGGUAAAAGUCUUGUGUUGCCAUUUGUAAUUUUUUUCGAUUUGAAAAGUAAUCUUGCCAAUAUUGUUUUACAUUAUUUUCCACAUCCAUUACAGCAUCUAAAAUGUAAACAUAUAUCAAGAAUCUUAGAGUAUAUUAUGUGAUCAAUAAACUAAAAAAUCUUUGAAAAACAUGCACAUUUUUUUUCUUAAGGUCUUGUCAAUUAAUUAUAUAUUUUAGUUGCUAUCUGGAUGUAUGUCUUGUGAAGAAAUGGUUAUGAUAACGUAAAGAUAGGCUAGGUAGGACUAACAAAUUACCUGUGAAUGAAUUGAAAUAAUAUAUAUGACAACAUUUUUCAGUGCCUCGUGCAAGUGUGAUGGUGACCAACAAUUGGUUACUGGUAGGCUAAGAUAACAUCAUAUGAUAUAUUAUGAGAAGGUAAACGCACUGGUGAAUUUUAAUUUUAAUAUCUAUAAUAUCAGCCUUAUAUAGACUCGAAAGAAACAUUUCUCCAGUGCUUUUGUGUGAUAUAAAUAUACCGAGGUAUGGCCUUUCAUAACUUCCUUUGGCCUAUUGCUAUCAUAAAGGUUCUAAUUUAAGAUUUUAUUGUCUUAUAUUACCUUUUACAAAAACGAAUAUGAUUAUUUUGUUCUCUUUAAAAUGCAUAUAUUUCAUAAUGUCUAUGAAAAAAAAAAAAUGUUUUUCUAUAUUUGAAGAUUACUGAAAAAAAGCUCUGACGUCAUAAUGAGUUGCGCAUCUGGCGUAGUUUCUUAUUUCAUCACCCUGUAAUGUAGUAGAGUGCAGUCCUACAAGGACACAAGAUGCAAUAACAAUUUAGUGCACUAUACCAUAUUAUAUUAUUUUACAACUUCAGAGUUCGACUGUUGCUUUAAACGUUAAAAAUAAAUAAUAUAUACCUACUUACCUAAAUUGGAUUUUUUAAAUGUAAGAAUAUUGCUUUAAAGAUUUAAUAUUUCAUAUUUGUAUAUUAUUUAUAAGUUUAAAGAUUAUAGAUGUGUAUAAGUGAGAUUAUUGGAGUUAUUUUUGUAUGUAAUAAUUGGUAUUACUAGAAUGCAAAUGUUUUCUCAGGAUGGUUGCGAUUAAGUUGUAUGAGGAGCAAAUAUUUAUUGAUCUCAUGGGUUUAAACUGUAAGAUUCCACAGAUACAAAGUCUGUUUAUAUGUAAAAAUAUCAUUAAUUAGGUGGUUUCAUAAUAUACACAAGUUCAUGUUUGAUAUAUACUUUCGUAUAAAUUCCGGUAAUUUAUAUUGUUCCUGUAGUGUAUUGAUAUUGCUAUCCUUGUCUCGGGCGCAUACGUCAUCUGAAUACAGAGCAAGACAAACAGUCAGUCAAUGCAGGACGGUCUGCCUGUACAGAGUGAUGGUGUAUUGGCGAGCCAAAUCAUGGCAGUAUACAAAAGGUGUACUCUACAGUUCCCAAAUACCUAAACAUUGUAUGAAUUUAUCCAAUUUGAUGGACAUUGAAUGACAAUCAACAAGACAUGAACUUGUGUUAUGAUAAAGGCCAAAAUUGAGUGCAUAAACAAAUAUAGUUUUACAAACUUCUUACAGUCGCCAUUUUAUAAAACAUUGUAAUAGUAGUAUGUUUUAAUAAGUGUUAUUAAACAAACUAUCAAAUAAA